CUUUGACUCUGUGAAUGUCAUUCUUUUAAUGCUGCCAUCUCCAUUCUCAAAUCAUUCUGCAUUCCAUCUUCUUGAUCUGAAUGAAUGACACCAUAUUUAUAAUUUUGUUCUAUUUCUGUGAUUAUUACUAUUUUUCAUUUUGUAUAUUUUCUACGAUUAAUUUGACUGUUUCAUUCCUUUGCAGCACCUUCGUGGUCUUCCAUUCUCUUCCUUGGCCUAAACGCAUUUGACAGACUGAUUUCUCUUUCUACGUUGAUCAACUUUUCGCCCUCUCUGGGCUAACAAAAUACCACUUCUAUUCCUCCUGCUCCUCCACACUCUUCUUCAAAAUAUAUACCCCCUUUCCUCCCUUGUAGACUUUGAUAUCUUCAGACGAAUUCGCCUCUGUAUCAACAAAGUCGGCACCUCAUUAUAAUCGACAUCUCUUCCUCUCCAAUCUUUUCCGAUAAUGUCCUCAAAGCCUUUCCUUUUCCUCCUCCUUGUCCUCGCCUCUUUCAUAUCUAAUGCAGGACUUCUGGCAGUAGUUGACGCUGCUUUGGCCGUGACCACAAACUCUUCCAGGACAGUCAACUUUCGCACAUGGGAUCCAUUCCAAGGUCAAUCCGAUGAAUACUCAAUCCCCGGAAUCCUACUCAUGGGUUCUGUCCAGCCAGAUUGUACAAUACGUGUCAAUCCCGCGGCUGGUCCUACCGGGAAAUCCAUCUUGGCAGCUGUUGAUCCACAGUAUCCUGUUGUUGACUCGAUCAUAGCCAUAAGUUACGAUUGGCUCGAAGACUGUGCAACCUAUGAUGAUAUCUUCGAUAACCUUAGCUCGCUCAAUGCUCAAUUGCAAUCAAUGACCCUGCCCGAGGUUGGAGCUGUUAUCAUGCAUGGAGACGCUAAAAGCACUGAAGAUUUUGGUGCUCCCUUCAUCCAGCUCGCUAAUGCCAAGCAUUGGAACAAAGAUGUCCGCCUGAAUAUUUCCUUUAUUGGCUCAGACACUUUUUUACAACUCGAGUCCUUCGUUGCUGAGAACAAUCAUGCUCUCUUGGCCACCGUAGAACAAGAUCCUGGUCCAUGGAAUAGGAUGUGGAACAGUGUCGGGUUCCAAAUUGUCAUCCGAGGACUGGACGUGAUUACCGGUGUGAUCUUUAUCUAUGGUCUCUGGGUCCUUGCGUAUAUCAUCAAGGGCAAGCAGGAUCAACAGCAUUCCCGUCGAUUCUCCAUCCUCCUCCCUGGUUGUUUCUAUCUACCGCUCUCGAUCGCCUUUGCACCCUACAAGGUCACUGUUCCCUGGCGCAAUGCUGUCUAUUAUCUCUCACUGCUGUUCCCUUUCAUCUCUUUGGGAUUGCAAAUGGUCAUGUGGGGGAAACUGGUUUACCGAAUUGAUCGUAGAAAGGCAAACAAGAUCGUUUCUUAUUUUGCCUAUGUCACCAUUUUCGUUCCCGUGAUCUCAUCCUUCCUGGAUGGCAUCGGUUGGUUGAUCCCCUCGGCUCCCUUGAUCCGAAUGAUUGGCGAGCGAGGCUUCUCCUACGUCACACCGGCUGUUAUCCUAGUCCAGGCCAUUCUCAUCUUUUACUUUGCAAUCAUGUUCUUCAAGUCCCUGAAGGGCAUUGCAGUCUCGCACACCACUCGAACGGCCUUGAUCAAGAUCACGGUGCUUAACCUGGCCAUGGUCUCUUUCUUUGUCCUGAUGCUCCUUUCAAGAAUUGUCUCUCUCUUGGGGCUAAACAUGAAAAGUCGAUCCGCCUAUAUCACCGAGCUGGUUAUUUUCAGAUUCUCUUUCCUGUUCUUCUACGCGGCCUGUUUCUGCACGCUCUCGAUGCGUCAGCCUACAGGAUCGUCUAUGGAUUCCAAAGACGGAUCAGGAUACCACAAUGGUUCGGGUGAUAGGAACGAUGCAAAGAACUAUAUUCAUUACCCCUUGAACAACCUCGAUAGUGGUCAUCACUCCAGCGGUGGUCAGCGCAGUCGACAGGAGAAUAAGGAAGAUGAACCGACGAAGCCUAAUUCACACUUCAACAAGUAUCUCUCAAACCAUGCCUCUAGAGGAUUCACCAUCUCUGACCCUGCAAGUCCCAAACUUACUCAAGAUUAUAUCGCCUCACCGCCAAUCAUCCACACUGAUUCGAGUACAGACUUUCCAGACCCGUACAGGUUUAAUGAGUUUGCUCAUUUGACCCCCCGAAUAGAGAAUGAGGAUAGAUCGUCAAGACGGGGGGACAAUUAUCGAAUUGAUAUAGAGGGACUCGAGGAUGACCAUGAUAGUGUGUAUGGAAGCCACCGUUUCCAUAGGUCGCCUAUAGCAACAAGUAGCAGAACAACCUCUGACGGCUACUCACGCUUUGAUUCGGAUGAAAGAGUGAACAAGUAAUACCCUCCUCAUUGUGCAUUGACUCAUAGAAC